UUAAUUAAUUAGAGAUUUUUAACUUCAAUCAUAGGUGCUAAUAACACAAUUAAUAAUAUUUUAUUUCUUUCAUUCCUUUUUCACCAUUUUAAAAAAGUUUAUUAAUUAAAUAAAAAAAUAAGCGUUACCUCCUUCGACGAUCAGACGAUUCUGCCAUUGUCAUACAUUUGGCUUAGCUCGUAACGUUUCCUCUCUCUCUCUCUCUCGUUCCACACCACUACAUUCUCCGUCCGUCAGAAUCUUCGAAUUUACCUGUUCCGCCAAUCACUCCUCGCGUAAUGGAGUUGAAGCCGGAGGUUCAAUAUGGAGAUUUUUCGUUAACCAACAGCUUAGUGAAUGUGGACAAGGAGGACCUUCGUAGGGAGGAAGCAGAUAGCGACGCAGGUUCAGUGAUUAUCUGCGACCAUUCGAUAUGUGAUAGUGGUGAUGGUGAUAUAUGCGCUGUAGCAGAUUAUGUUGAGUGUGUGGCGGUGGAGACGACGGAGAAGUUGGAGCUGCCUGAGGAAUUUGCGAAAAGCGUUAUGGUUCUAACGUGCGAAUCCACAGCUGAGGGUGGAUCUUGUGAUGUGUACUUAGUUGGCACUGCUCACGUAUCACAGGAAUCAUGUCGAGAAGUUGAAGCUGUAAUCAGCGCCUUGAAACCACAGGCUGUCUUUUUGGAGUUGUGUUCAAGUCGAUUGUCUAUUCUCACACCUCAGACUGUGAAGGAACCACCAACCUGGAUGGAAAUGAUAUACAUGUGGAAGAAGAAACACAACCUAUUUGAAAUAGUUUACGGAUAUAUUCUUGCAAAGGCCGCCAAGAAGCUUGAGGUUUUUCCUGGUGCUGAAUUUCGUGUGGGAUUUGAAGAGGCAAACAAAUAUGGUGGCAGAGUGUUUCUUGGCGAUCGCUCAGUACAGAUCACGUUACAGAGAACAUGGGGUAAGAUGCCUCUAUGGCAUAAAAUAAAACUAGUGUAUAGCAUAGUAAGUCAAGCUGUCUUUCUGCCGAACCCUAAGGAACUUGAGAAGAUGCUGAAAGACCUGGGCGAUGGGGAUAUGCUGACAUUGGCGAUUCAAGAAAUGAGCACGGAAUUUCCGACUCUCAUGGAGACACUUGUGCAUGAGCGAGAUAAGUACAUGGCAUAUCAAUUGUUGAGAAUUGCAAGUGAGCAUAGUUCAGUCGUGGCAGUUGUGGGUAGAGGACAUCUUCAAGGGAUCAAGAAGAAUUGGAACCAAACUAUAAACAUAAAGGAACUGAUGGAGUUACCGACAAAUGAAUCCAUAUUUACUGUAAAGAAUAUUCUGAAAUAUAUGGUGGUUGUAGUCGUUGGAACAGCCAUAGUUUCCGGAAUGUAUCUUGCUAAGUAAAUUAAUCUCAAGGUAGAGUGAGUUUCUCAUGAGGAGGAUAAAACUUAUGCUGACAUAAAAUUUCAGAACCUGUUAAAAACAUAUGCUGUCAUGAUUUUAUCUACUUUUGGUUUUAGGAUGAAUAAUUUCAUAUAAGAACUAUACAAAAUAAAUUAUUUCACAUUCCAUGUAUC